AUGAGUGUCCAUAAGCACUGUUUUCUGCCCUGGAACUGUGGGGAGGGUCCUCCCUCCACUGUGGCCACAAGCUCAGCUGUGCUAGGGCUCCUCCUCACCCUGGAACUGCCACCCAGGAUUGUGACCUGGACCCGAUCCUUGGCCGAGCACUCGCCCAUAAGCGCUCAGCCAAGGAAUCCCAACGGCCUGGAUAUCAGAGAAGUCCAGUUGGAAGCACAACCCUGCCCUUUGUUGAACAUCCCUAAAACCCGCAGAACUUUCUGCAAAAAGGACAGCAAGCACCAGUCUCAAAAAGUGAUGCGGUACAAGAAAGGUAAGGAUUCCCUGUACGCACAGGGGAAAAGGCGUUACAAUCAGAAGCAGAGUGGCUCUGGUGGUCAAACAAAACCAAUUUCAUGGAAAAAGGCAAAGACCACAAAAAAGAUUAUAGCAAGGCCUGAAUGUGUGCAACCCAACUGCAGGUUUAAGAGGAUGUUUGCCAUUAACAGGUAUAAACAUUUUGAACUAGGAGGACAUAAGAAGAGAAAGGACCAAGUGAUCCAGUUCUGA